AAUAAAAACAAAAUGAAGGGUUUUAGAAUUAGGGCUUUUUCAGUUUUCCUCUUCUGAAUCCACCGCCACUGCAGCGUGGACGGAAUCGGAGUGCAGCCAUAUCAGCAGCAGCAGAAGUCCUUGAAGUGCUGCUCUAGUUUGAGGCACAAUGAGAUUGGAGAAAUGCUGGUUUUGCUCUUCAACCAUAUACCCUGGACAUGGAAUCCAGUUUGUUCGUAAUGAUGCAAAGAUUUUUCGGUUUUGUAGAUCUAAAUGCCACAAGAACUUUAAAAUGAAGAGAAAUCCUCGUAAGGUAAAAUGGACCAAGGCAUAUCGUCGAGUGCAUGGAAAGGAUAUGACACAGGACUCAACUUUUGAGUUUGAGAGAAAGAGAAACAGGCCUGAAAGAUAUGACAGGAAUCUUGCGGAGAAUGUCCUCAAGGCCAUUCCUAAGAUUGAUAAGAUCAGAGUCUCGAGGGAGGAGAGACACCAUAAGAACAGGAUGAAAGGCAAAAAGGAAAAAUUGCUGAAGGAGGCAGUGAAGGAGUUGGAGCAGGGCAUCAGUUUGGUCAAAGCUCCUUCUGUGCUUCAACAGGAUCCAUCUCUCACUUUACCAAAGAUCAAAGUCAAGGUUUCCCAACAGCAAUCAGAGGAGAAUCAUGCCAUGGAAGAGUAAUUCUAACAAUGCUGCACUUAAUUUUUGCUAUUUUAAUAUUUGUUGCUAAAUUAGUUGCCUGUAAGGUCCAGUUUACCAGUUUCGUUGUGAUCAUUAGUGUGAAUGAUGUGAUUCUCAAACAAGAUUUCAAACAUUUGAUGUAUUUGUCUCUUGAAACUAUGGUUCUCUGAGAUAGUCAACUAUUAUAAAGGAAAUCAGAAAGUUGUUGCUAUAGCCUAAUAAAAUCUUCUUGGGUUGGAA